UUACAAAUGGAAUAUAACAACAGUAGAAGAAGUAGAGUUCAAAUUUACGAUGGACUUGAAGGCAGCAUAUACUUGACAGCUUGAGAGCCAAAACACAAUCCGCGAACAUGUUUUUUUAUCGUGCUAGUGUUAAUAGCUGGUUAUAAAUUUGUGCCAACAGCCUGGCAAACCUUCUUUACCAACGGGGCUGGACCGAUAAUAAAUUUUAAAAAUGGCAGGGCUACGUUUUGACGACGCUCAAAAAAAAAAAAAAAAAAAGUCCACGGGGAAGUUCCCCAGGAAAUCCCCGUUCGGGGAUAUUAUUCUCGACACUGAUGCGCCAAAUCUCCGACAGAAAUUCACCUUCUCAGUUGUGUUUCUAAAAGACCCGAGGUAAGAAGCAGACGCGUCAAAUGCCGGAUUUUUAAACGACCGAACAGUACUGUCAAAAAAAAAGAAAAAAAAAAAGCCUGCGAUGGAUGAGUCGAGCAGCGUGAGCGCGGAGAGGAGCCGCAGCUACAGCGUGCUGAACACUCUGUACCACGAGACGCGGCAGGAAAUCGAGCUCCUCGGCAAACAGAUCUGCGUGAAGGACAACAUCAUCGCGGAUUUAAAAAGCAGGCUGGGGAGGUACGAGACGAUCUACAUGGCGGUGGGGGAGAAGGAGCCGGUGGGCUUCGGUCCGUCCAACUCUUUGGUGGAGAGCUUACUCAAAGAGAUGUGCAAACUGAAACAGAGGAGGAACGAUGUGGAGUUCAAGGCAGCUCGACAGGCAGAGGAGAUCCAGAGGCUGAACGUGCAGCUCAGGGAGAAGGAGCUGGAGCUGGAGAGCGUCAGGUGUCGGCCGGACCACGAGAAGGACCAGGAGCUCCACAGGCUGCGCUCGGCCCUGGAGGAGAAGGAGCGGGCCGAGGCCACCAGGACCGUGCUGUGCACCUCGCUGGCCGAGGAGGCCGAGCAGCUGCGCGCUCAGCUCGGCGCCACGGUCAAGGUGUGCCAGGAGCUGCUGGCCAGGCUGGAGAAGGAGAAGAAGGGAGGUGGAGAGGUGGAGGAAACGGGCCAGCAGCAGAAAGCGAAGGAGACAUCAGAGUCGUCUGACCUGUGUGCUGUCAAAGCCCAAAUCCAUCAGCUUCAACAGGAGAACCAGCAGCUAAAGCAGCGCGUGGCUUAUGUGCAGGGUUUGAACACUCAGUGGCAGAAGUACGACUCUAGCAGGGAGGACUACAUCCGAGGUUUGUGUCAGAGGCUGAAGGAGAGCACCGGGCAGGGCUUGAUGCCCGCCGUGGGCUCGGUCAGCGCGGGGCUGCUCCAGCAGGAGAUCUCCAGACUCAACUCCUUACUGGAGGAGAAGAUGAAGGAGUGCGCCAGGCUGGAUCAAGAAGCCGAGGAGAUAAGGAGACAAAGCAAGGAGCGAAUUCAGACCCUGGAGCAGCAGGCCCUGAUUUACACAGACGACUUCAAGUCAGAGCGUGCCGACAGGGAAAACGCUCAGGGUCAGAUCGAAGACCUGAAAGAGCAGAUCUCCCAGCUGAAGCAGCAGCUACGCAAACAGGGAGCGAGCAGAGACRUGUGCCGUGUGCACAUAGGACACAGGAUGUCCUCGAGGCGGAACAAGGACUCCUCAGAGCCUGUGUUAAGGACUGCUCCGGAGAGGCAGCAGCACCAGCAGCAGCAGCAGCCUGCGCUGACAAACUGGAACGAACUCUCGGGCAUGUCGGAGAUCCAGUGUCCGCAGUGCUCCGCCAGGUUCAACGACACGAACGCAGAGUGCAUAAACCAUUUGGAGGAGUGUGGCCGUCCCUAAACUGAACGUUCUCUAAGGCCGUACCUGGCCGAGCUCUGACUUGUCGGAGUUCAGUUAGACCUCAAAGGAAAACUGCGGGAUUUUAGUCGCCAGCAGCUGUGUGAGGUACCAGCUUUACCAAACACUGAAGACCCCCAGCACUACAACGCAGGACAAGAACCUGGCUGGAGAUGCAGCUCUUUGAUUUCAACCCGCUGACAUGAGAGGCUGUCUUWGUUUUCUUUUACAACCCCCCCAAUUUUCCCCUCUUGCAAGAGGAAAUGAGGUCAUUUAGGCUUGAGUCGGCCACGAACACCUGGUGAGAGUUCUGCUGCUCUGCUGGAGCUCAGUGUGUCGAAGGGGGAGGAAAUCACAGUGGAAUAUUUAAAAUUUUAUACAUACCUCAGUGUCAAAUUUACAAACUCAUUGCACUUUCUUGUCAUUUAGCCCCAAAUGUAUCAUAAUGUUGUACAAUUAAGAGAAAAAUGAUGGAUAAGCUUUGUACUUUGGGUCUUUAGUUGUACCUUUGGUGCUAUUAGUGUUUCGUUAACUAAAAUCUAUAUAUUUUUAGUGACAGAUUUAUAAAUAUAUUGCUAUACUGAUAUUUAUUUUCUUUAUGUAUGUAACUAGGAAAGGCUGACUGUCUCAGUGCAAUUUUUUGUUUCGUUUUUUUUUUUUUCAAUUUAAGCCAUAAGAAAGUAUAUUUUUGUGUGUAACCAUAGGAUCAAAUAUUUGACGAGAGGAGAUAAAAGUUUUAGAUCAAACAUUUAAAACUGGAUAUAAAUACUGCAUUCAAACUGA